CAUUAGAUGCAGCUUUUUUUCUGUAAUUUGAACAAAGAGGUACGCUACAACAGGACUUGGUUUUCGCUAUUUGUAUUGAGAAAAGACCAUAAGCCUUAGAUCGGAUAUAUAAUUCACCAAUAUCUACCCCAAAACCGACGUCCCAACCAGGAAACGGAAGAAGAAACUAACGGGCGUAGCAUUUGACGGGAGCAUGGAGUCUGGGUAGCCAGGCAAGAUAAUACGCAAUACGAUUCGUUCUCCAGUUCGCUGAGCACAGGCUGUAUGUUUUAGUUUCUCAUUCUGGCACAAUGCGAUCAAUUAUCCGUUCUAAACAUGUAUUUCUAUGCUCAUGAUCCAUUUUCCUUCGCGCAUUGGAGGUCGGUUUACGUCUCUGGAACCGCUGAGCUGGAGGAGCGAACGGCUAAAAUAAACGUCGUUCAAAGAGAACGAAUCGUUCAGCUGCACAUCACGUCUCCACUCGUGGACCGCAACUUCAAUGAGUAGGCUACAGGACAGGAGAUAACGUGUUAUCAUAGGAAACUGAAGACAAACUGUUGAUAAUCUUUUCAUUCUCCAAUGUAGUUUCGUUACUUGUAUUUGUCAUUUCAACUUUUUAUUAAACAUCUCCCUGCUUGCAAUUAGUUCUGUUAACAUAUCCCUUUCAAGCACUUAAUCUGCGUCUCAAAUAGUUUAUUUUACGCAUGCAACAAGUGACAAAUAGAUAAACGUUAGGAUUUGUCGGCGGCAGGUAGCCUAGUGGUUAGAGCGUUGGGCCAGUAACCGAAAGGUUGCUGGAUUAAAUCCCUGGGUUGACGAGGUAAAAAUCUGCCCCGUCAUUGUAAAUAAGAAUGUGUUCUCAACCGAUUUGCCUAGUUAAAAAAAAAAAAUGUGUCCACGCCCCCCCCCCAAACUACAUAAAGGCAGGAGAGUUUGAAGUCUCAUCAUAUGAGAGGGUGCUUUCAAUUAGGGUGCUGCUGUUGUCUAUUCCAUUUGGAUUAUUAUUACUGUCAAGCAACUGCACUGCUGUCACCUGGCAUCCAUAGCCCUUCUGUGUUCCUAAUUUUCUGUGUGAAUUGGAGGGCAGCGAGAGAAGAUGCAUCUGGUCCUCAGGGUACUGUGUAUCUCUAUGCUCAUACUGUGUUGCCUGAGUAGCACUGGUGAGAUAGGUUGUAAACAAUGGACAACCUCUGCUGGUUCUCCUGAUGUCUGCUGUGAAAGGUGCAAUCCAGGGAACCGUCUGGUGACACGCUGUGGACCAGACCCAGAAAAGCUCUGCGUUCCAUGUAGGAAUGAGACCUACACAACUGAUGGUACAUCACACUCCUGUCUCAGGUGUACUCAGUGUGUAGGUGGCGCCCAAUUCCUUAAGAAGGCCUGUACAAAAAGCAAGGACACAGAGUGUGACUGUAGGGCAGGAUUCCGAUGUGGUGAUGACCACUGUUCCUUCUGUGUUGAGGAGUGUGGGAAAGGCCAGGAACCUCUUCCCGCUGCACGGUCCUGCCGGAAUUGUCCAGAUGGGACCUUCAAUGACAAAAUCCAUGAGAAGUGCAAGUCUUGGAGAACAAGCUGUCUGCAUCCCAAGGAACACAUUGUUGCAGUGGGAGAUGCAGUUAGUGACAGCAAGUGCGGCAUUGCCAACAUUGUAACGCCCGAAGUCAACACCUUACCUUCAACACAGGCGGACCCUGAGGGGCUGGUUUGGGCUAUAAGUGCCUCAUUUGGGGUCUUUAUCAUCCUUAUCAUCUUGUUUCUGGUCAUCAUCACUAAAAAGAAGCCAGAGAAGACAGCCCCCAAGGAGCCAACCCUUAAUGAGCUAACUCACCCUACAGAUGAACCCAGGAGCCUGGUGGUGACCAGUUUCCAUCACCCUCAGCAGGAGCAGGGCAGCAGCUCUGAAAUCCUGUGCUCCCAGGACUUUGAGACCAAGCUCCUGCCUGUGUGAGUGGCAGUGGACUUACUUUCUCGUGUACUUAUUUCUACUUCAUGUGUUUUUGCUCCACUUUACUUUUUUAAUUUAUUUUUUAAUGUAUUACUGAUAUUUAUUGUUGCAUUGUUGGGAAAGGCAUUUCACUGUACUUGUGCACGUGACAAUUAACUUGGAACAGGGUCAUACUAUUGAUCACUACUUCACACUGGCACUCGGAUGCCUACACAUUGCUAGCUGACGCUACUGCUGAUACAGUUGGACUCCAGCUCUGCUGCACCAUGCUACUGAGUCGCUGGGAAUAAGACAUUGAGGCUUAGAUCAUUUUUUGAAUUUGGUAUAUUUUUAAUACCCCAGUCAUUUCCUUAUCUCACAGGCACAUUCAAAGGUAAACUAGGUCACUAUGUUAAGCUUAUGUACAUGUCAGCUAGCAAACUGAUAUUCAAAUGUCAGAAGUGAUGGGGAAGUUUAGGGGGAAAAACAAUGUCACUAUAUGACAUAUGCAUUAGCAAUUGGCUGCAGCUGGACUAGUUCAACUAUUUACAUUUUCUGGUUUCAUAAAGGACAUUUGCCAUCAGUUUAUGGCCUGAAUAUGAAAUACUACUCAUGAAAUGUGUAUGAAGGUAGUAUCAGAGCCAUGACCUGUCUUAAUGUAACAGUGAAUGAGGGGGUACAGCAGUAAAGAAAAAGACAAGAAGCGCUGUAUAGUUGUGACUGGCAGCCUCCAUGCCUCCCACUGGCUUAUACAGUAUCAUAGUCACGUUUUUUUCUCAGUUCCCUGAAUGGCUAAACCUAGCUGCCCACAGUUUCUAAGCUGAAGGGAAUACCCCUACUUAAUAUACCGUACAACCCGAAGUGUGACAAACGUUUUAUUGCGCAAGGUAUGACGAAGAGCAAGUGCAGGAUAAUGCCUCAGCACUUUAAGAAUUAGAUUUAUGAUAAAUGUACCAAUGUGGUACCGUAUGUGACUCGGAGCCACUUUCCUGUGUGACUGUACUGCUUUUGUUGACUGGUAUCGAGUCAAGGACAUUCCAAUUGGAUCAUUCAUCCCACCCUCCCCUGUAACCAUUCCAGGUCAUUGCUGUAAAUGAGAGAAUGUGUUUUCAGUUAACCUACCUGGUUAAAUAAACAUUAACAAAGACAUUGAAAUGUGUGCAGGAUACAGUAUGACAUUAUAAUAAAGGCAGCUUAAAAUCUACCCAACUUGACAUUUCCAGGAAGAGAUUUAGAAAAGGGUCUGGACAUUCCAAAUAAUGUAGGGGAAAUGCUAAGGUCAGAGAAUCCUCUCAGGUGGGGGUUUCCACUUUACACAGAAGUGUAUCUAAAGUAACUGGAAAAGUCUUAAAUAAUACAAAUAUUAAUUGCACUUGACACAAUUUACAAUGUAGGCAAUAGGCGUUGAAUGUGAUCAAAGGGCUUCCUUUAACCUAGUCUGAUAAGAUCAAAACCAGAGUAAACUCUUUCACCACUGUAGGUUUGCAAUCAUAAGCAUGAUCUAUCGGUGUUCCUUCGGCUUGCUGGAAAUGCUUAACUCAAGCCCACUUAGCCCUGGUUGUAAAAAAGAAAGAAAUACUCCCUCUGGGCUUUCUGCUAGGCAGAGCUGGGAAAGCCGAGAGGAUUAUGAUUAAAUGUGUCAUAUUAACCCCAUUGUACUAUCACUGCUGGGAAAUGACACGAGGAGUAAAUAAAGCUAACAGAAUCAUGAACGCUGUAUGACUAAUAGGAGUCACACAGGGAAGAGGGGAAACAGUGUAAAACACGCUGGAAGAGCAUCUCAGGCAGAGGAUCCUAUAGAAACUUCCCUUUCAGAUCUGUACUAAUGUAACCUUUACUUUUCAUGCAGCCUGGUCUCUGACCAGACGUAGCACAGUAAAUGUAAAUCCAGAAUACUCAAAUUAUAUAGUAUGAUAUGUUACGGUUACAUAAGGCAAAAGUAGGGUUGUUGGUCGGUGUGGCUGGAUGGCCGUUUAACGCGAACAUCUCGCACAAGUUCGAAUCUCAUCGCGGACAACUUAACUUUUUACUACCUUUUAGUUACUUUGCAACUACAUAGCAUGUUAGCUAAUGCUCCCCCUAACCUAACAACCCCUAGCCCAGCUAAUGUUAGCCAGCUAGCUAGAAUUUGUAACAUAUACGUUUUGCAAAUUUGUGACGUAUGAAUUACAAUUAAUAACAUAUCAUACAAAAUGGGUGAUGGACAGCCACAUUAAUACAUACCAUACAAAACAUCAUACUAAAUGGAGUGUCUCGGAUUCAUGUACAGAAUAAUACGAAAUGCUCAGAGACCAGGUUGCCCUUUCAGAUCUGUACUAAUGUAACCUUCACUUUUCAUGAGUCUACAGAGAAGCAGAGUAGUGCAUCAGUUCACACCCACGCUUAGUUACUGUAUUUUUCUAGUUUGACAGGCGUAGCCCACUGAGAUGGAACAUCUCACAUUUCACAAUUAGGGCCUACACGGUGGAAAAUGUGAACCCACACUCAUGGAAUGGGCCUACAGUAGUAGUAGUGUAAAUUAGUCAUCACCACCACAAAUUACUGUCACAGUAAUGCGAGGACAGGCCUUUAGAAAGCCAGUUACACUAAAGAUGAGUCACAUUGAUGGAUUUUUAGAGUGCCGUCCAUGUGAAUAUCCUUAAGUACUUGGACUGGCCGGAUCCUGGGAUUUUAUGAAUUGUAUGUCUUCUUACUUAGGCUCAGAGAUUUUGUUGAUUAAAUAAGCAAUAUUGUUUCAUAUUUUGAUAUAUAUUUUUUUUAUAUUUAAAGAACUAGCAAAUACCACUGGAUUGUCUUAUUGUAUCCAUCUUACCACAAAGAUGGUGGCAGGAAGUGUGGCUUAGUUGGUAGAGCAUGGCGCUUGCAAUGCCAGGUUAUAGGUUAGAUUACCACAGGUGAACCAGUACAGAAAAAUGUAUGCACUCACUACUGUAAGUCACUCUGGAUAAGUGUCUGCUAAAUGACAAAUGUAAAAUUGUAACUUACAUCAAUAUGACUUAUUGAUGACCUUGAAAAAAUAAAAGAUCAGCUACAUUUACUGCAGCACAUUUCUCUCGUCAGCAUCAGCUUCUCUAAGAGGAAGUAAUGUCACAGCUGAGGUAUCAUGGGUGUUCAUUUUAUUCAGAAACACUUCAGAGAAACCUAUGAGAGCACUGAUCCCAGUGCUAUAAAGAUAAGUUCUAGCAGUGAUUUGUCUAACAUGUAGUUGCUGUAUUACUGUGUAAAAAAAGUAUGUUUAAAUAAAAAGGAAUGAAAAUGUA